CAACAUCCACAGAAGGCGGAAUUCUAUUUUUCAACAUUUCAACUGUCUGCGUUUGCAAACUUUAAUAGUGCCGGACCGGAGCAAAAGUGUAUGGAUGCCGCAGACUAAAACUAUCGCACACACAACCAAAGCAUCUUCAUUAACUGUUGCUGUUGUUGUCGUUCAGGCGGUCGGUCAUUCUGCACUGUAUUGACAUCAGACAACAUCCCAUCUUAUCGGAGGGUAUCAGUAGUCUAGCAGACGACUACACCAAGAAGGAAGUGCACGGUUGAUCGGUCGCUACGGUGACAUCAAUAGUUUCGAAAGCCAAACAUUGAACUCGAUUGAUACGACGUGUAUCAUGCAAUAAGGAUAGUGAGGAAGUCGAUAGAGAUCUUUGUUCAAUUGGUGAAGUGAUUCCUCCAUCCUUGAACUUGAUCUGCCAGUGUGUUAGCGAACCGAACGCAUCGGAGCAGUGCACUGCAAUGCAAGAAAGUAGCACGGAACGCAUCAUCAUUUCUUCUGUUCGCAAAAGAUUUCUCGUUCAUGCUGUGUAGGAUUUUCGCCAGGUGAAUGGCUGCCAAUCGUGCGCAAAAUUCGGUCAUUAUCAUCGUUUUGCGAAUGUUGUGUACAAUCGGCAAUAAAUAAAUAAUCUUCAUUGAGGCUGCCCGACUGCUAAUGCGACCUUUAAUAUUCUGUGAUUGUACGUCGAAACGUGAGCAAGGUUCUCUACACGGGCUGCUGAUUUCUUGCUUAUUCGGUUUGAUAAUGGCUCCCUGUUAAUCAUUUAUAAUAGAGUCGAUUAUCGAGUCCUGAUUGCAUACAAUUGGUUCAAUUGACGGAAAACAUCAAUCAUCACAGAUAUCAUGCCGACCACAAGGGCCCCAGUUCAGUCACCAAUUGUGCUUAGCCAGCGAGAGACUAGUUUCAAGGACUGCGUUCAACCCCUGGAAUACCACGGUCACUGGGACGGUCAGGGAAAUGCCAAAAUACUCAACAAUGGAGCGUCUGCUAUGAUUACAUUCUCGGACCGCUCGUUCCGGCCAUUCAUCAUCGGAGGUCCCCUAGAAGACAACAAGUACAUUUUCGAGCAAUUGCACUUCCAUUGGGGUGUCGAGGAUGACUCUGGUUGUGAGCACAUCCUGGAGGGUAAUACCUACUCCAUGGAGGCGCACGCCGUUCACUACAACACCAAGUACGCAAGCUUUGCGGAGGCGGUUGACAAACCCGACGGGCUGGCGGUGAUCGGAUUCUUUGUGCACGCUUACGGCGACAUUGACUGUCCUGAGUUUGACAAAAUCGUAAACGGUAUCAAGUACGUCACGAAGCCCAACUCUGAGUCGAAGAUAGAUGCCGAUUGUCUUUCAUGGAUGGGACUGCAAGACUUAAGUCGCCAUUAUUAUACAUACAAGGGUUCCUUAACAACCCCACCGUACUACGAGAGCGUCACCUGGAUCGUUUACAAAACGCCAGUGUACGUUUCUAGCCGACAGAUAGAUGCUUUCCGGCAGUUACAGUCCUGCCCGAAGGAUUCCAAUAAAAAGAUUGUCAACAACUACCGCGAGGUGCAGGUGCACAAGGUCAGUCCCGAGGUCGUGUUUGUUCGGAACAGCAACGGACGACUACGAUCGAAGCUGUAAGCUUCGAGUCAUAAAGGAUAUUGGACGAACUAAAUUUAAUAGAUGAGCUUGCCUUUCCUUGGAUAAUAGUUCUAAGUAGGGUUAGACGGGUGUUUGUUGAUUAAGAUUUGUAAAUUGUUGAUACAUACAUUUUUUUUGUAUAUUAACCUGUGUGUUAUUUAGCCGAUCGGAGAUGCUUAUCUGAUGUUUGGGCCAAUCGCAUAUAAAUUACUAUCAACUCUA